AUAGCCGAUAAUUUUUUACGGUAGUGUUACGCUCACAGUUUUGACGUGUGACAAUUGUAACCAAUUGUUCAAUUGUUUCUGCAAUUACAAUAACCAUGGAAAGGUCAGUCUUUAAACCGGUGGAUUACGCCAUCAUGACAGCGUCCGUAGUGAUUUCCAUUGUUAUUGGACUCUACUUUCGUUUUAGUGGCGGAAAACAGAAGACAAACGAGGAGUACCUAUUAGCGAACCGAAACAUGUCUAUAUUUCCUAUUGCGAUAUCUUUAAUGGCUUCCUUCAUGUCUGCUAUAACUCUUCUUGGAGUGUCUGCCGAGAAUUAUUAUUAUGGAAUGAUAUUUGUGAUUGUCAAUUUAGGUUAUGGUCUAGGUACACCAAUAGCCUGCCAGUUUUACUUGCCAGUAUUUUUCGGGCUGCAAAAGACAAGUGCAUAUGAGUAUUUGGAGAUGAGGUUUGGACCAACGAUACGAAUCCUAGCUUCACUAACAUACACAUUACAGAUGAUAUUAUACAGUGGAGUAGUGUUAUACGCACCGUCGAUUGUUCUCGAAACUGUUACAGGAUUGACAAGAAUCGUAUCUAUUCUAGUUGUAGGUUUAGCCUGCACUUUGUAUUCAACUUUAGGAGGCAUGAAAGCUGUUGUGUUUACUGACUUACUGCAAUCUUUACUAAUGUUUGCAGCCGUAAUAAGCGUAGUUGUGUUUACGUCAUUAGAACUUGGAGGAUUUUUUCAAAUAUUUGAAAUUGCUAAGGAAGGAGGCCGUUUAGAUUUUUCAAAUUUCAGUGUGGACCCGACAGAGAGACAUACCUGGUGGUCACUCCUCAUCGGCGGUGUUAUAAAUUUCUUGUCAUUGUAUGCAGUCAACCAAACUCAGGUGCAACGUUUGCUGACAGUGAGUACACUGGAACGAUCAAAGAGUUGCCUGUGGUGGAGUUGGCCGGUUCUUUGUGUGCUAAGCCUGGCGACAUGUGUCAGCGGCCUCGGGAUAUAUGCGGUCUAUAAGGACUGUGAUCCAUUUACCAGUGGAAAGAUAACUGCGAUUGACCAGUUGUUACCUUACUACGUGGUGCACGCGAUGGGCGCUGCGCCGGGUCUCGCCGGUCUGUUUGUGGCGGGAAUAUUCAGCGCCUCGCUCUCCACCAUAUCGUCCUCUUGCAAUUCUCUCGCUGCUAUAACACUAACAGAUUAUUUUGGCAGAUGCUGUAAAUUGAGCGCAUCAUCUACACUCUGGCUGACAAAGAUGGCGGCUUGCGGGUACGGCCUGCUGUUCCUGACGCUGGCGUUCCUCGCUCAAUACUUAGGAGGCGUGUUGCAAUCCGCUAUGACAAUCUUUGGUGCGGUCGGCGGGCCAUUACUCGGAGUGUUCACGCUUGGAAUGUUUACUACAUUCGCUAAUGAACUUGGUGCAUGUAUAGGUCUAUUGAGCGGUCUAUCGUUGACAUUAUGGAUAUCUUUUGGAGGACCGCGACCAUCGAUUGCCAAGCUGUCGGUUUCUACAGAAGGUUGCAGUCACAACGUAACCAUGCUAACAUCUGUGCCUACUGCUGCAAGCGACUACUUCUAUCUGUAUCGAAUAUCUUAUAUGUGGACGGGUUUGAUUGGCUUCGUGUGGGUGUUACUGGUUGGGACGGUUAUAUCUCAGUUGGUGCGUCACCAGCAGCCUUGGGAGAAGGUCGGCAAACCACAUCCAGACCCUGCGCUCUUCACGCCGCCACUUGCAGCGAGGUUACGAACCAGAUAUGAAAACAAAAACACUAAUAAGUCUACAGUAGAGUAA